AGGGAAACUGAAAUUCAGUAAGCUUCAAAAACAGCGACUAUUUCCGCGGACGGAGCAGAACAGAGAGCACGGACAUGGCGGAGGAGCAGAGGAAUUGGCGUCUGCACAGCUGGCAAUAUCUCGGCGAAAUCUCAGCCCUAUGCUUUCUUCAUCUUCCACCUCAUCUCUCUUCUCUUCCUUAUCUCCUCGCCGGUUCCGGUUCUCAAGUACUACUUUAUGAUUUAAAAGCGGGAAAAAUGAUACAAUCUUUUCAUGUCUUUGAUGGCAUUCGUGUGCACGGAAUUGCUUGUAGUUUAGUGGAUUGCAGAGAAGGAUCUUCUUCUACUACUACAUUUUCUUACAAAAUUGUGGUGUAUGGUGAGAAGAGAGUGAAAAUUUUCAACUUAAGGUUUGAAUUGGAGUCCGGGCCUCAGACUCGGCAAGCAGUCGGCGUGGAUUUGAGUUUAGUUCAUACCUUGCCGAAGUUCAGUCAUUGGGUUUUGGACGUUUUGUUCUUGGAGGGCUAUGGAAGUGAUUUGGAUGAGUGUAGACAAUGCCUUGCCGUAGGUUGUAGCAAUAACGCUGUCUGUCUCUGGGAUCUCUCCAGCUCCAGUGUUAUUCUUGAAAUUCAAUCUCCAGACAGGUGCCUUUUGUACUCCAUGCGGUUGUGGGGAAACAAUCUUAAAACUCUUCGAAUUGCUUCUGGCACAAUUUAUAAUGAGAUUAUUGUUUGGAAAGUUACUUCUCAAACAAGUCUAAUUGAAGAUCAUAUGAGAUCAAGCAGUUUGUACUCUAACUCUGCUGGGAAUCAAAGCCUGCAGUAUAAUGCUGUUCACAUAUGUACACUUGCUGGGCAUGAAGGUUCAAUAUUCCGCAUUAUGUGGUCUUCAGAUGGAUCAAAAUUGGUUUCGACCUCCGAUGAUCGUAGUGCACGCAUCUGGACAACUUAUGAAGAGCAGCAUGAUUCUGUUAGUGGAAAGGAGGUUAUUGGCCCCGUGCUAUUUGGUCACAAUGCUCGGGUUUGGGACUGCUGUAUCUCCAAUUCAUUAAUUGUCACAGCUGGUGAGGAUUGUACCUGUCGUGUGUGGGGACUAGAUGGCAAACAGAUUCAGGUGAUCAAGGAACACAUAGGGAGAGGAAUAUGGCGAUGUUUGUAUGAUCCAAACUCUUCACUUCUCAUUACGGCUGGGUUUGACUCCGCAAUCAAAGUUCACCAGCUACAUGCUUCUGUUUCUGGGAUGCACAAAAAACAUGAUGGAGCAAAAGACAGGUUUGAUGGAGAAGGGAUAUGCACUACUUGUAUCCCAAAUUCAUCAGAGCAUGCUGGACUCAUCAACAGCAAAAGUGAAUAUGUACGUUGCUUGCGCUUCAAGUGUGAAGACACCCUUUACAUUGCAACCAAUCAUGGUUAUCUGUACCAUGCUAGAUUAUCUAAAACUGGAAAUGUUAAAUGGACUGAGCUUGUUCGUGUCACUGGAGAGGUUCCAGUUAUAUGUAUGGAUUUGUUGUCCAAAGACCCUUCUGAAUAUUCUUGUGGGAUCAAUGAUUGGAUCGCUCUUGGAGAUGGUAAAGGAAGCAUGACAAUUGUUGGAGUUAAUAGCGAUGUUGGUUCUCCUGAAGUAGGCUUUACCUUUACCUGGACUGCUGGAAAUGAGAGACAGCUCUUAGGUACUUAUUGGUGCAAGUCACUGGGAUGCAGGUAUGUCUUUACAACUGAUCCUCGAGGAGUACUCAAGCUGUGGAGGUUAAGUGAUGCCUCAUUGUCUGCUUGUGAUGAUUCUGGAAGAACUCAAAAUGCCUCCCUCAUAGCAGAAUUUUCAUCAUGCUAUGGAACACGCAUAAUGUGUCUGGAUGCAUCAUUAGAGGAAGAGGUGCUGGUCUGUGGGGAUCUACGUGGUAAUCUGGUCCUCUUCCCAUUGUCUAAGGGCCUGUUGCUGAGCAUGUCCGCAGCUUCAACAGUGAAGAUAUCUCCACUAAAUUAUUUUAAAGGAGCUCAUGGAAUUUCAAGUGUCUCCAGCAUUUCAGUUUUUAGAUUGAGUUAUAAUCAAGUUGAAAUCUGCUCAACUGGAGCAGAUGGGUGCAUAUGCUAUUUUGAGUAUGGCAAGGAUCGAAAAACUUUUGAGUUCAUAGGGAUGAAACAAGUCAAAGAGCUGAGUUCAAUUCAAUCUGUAUCUACUGAUGAUUUGGCAAAUUGCAAUUAUGCUGCUGGUUUUGCAUCAACAGAUUUCAUAAUAUGGAAUUUAAUAACUGAAGCAAAGGUUCUGCAAAUUCCUUGUGGUGGAUGGCGGCGCCCUCAUUCCUACUACCUUGGUGAUGUACCAGAGACGAAGAACUGUUUUGCAUAUGUCAAGGAUGAUAUAAUCCAUAUUCGUAGGAAUUGGAUGCUAGAAAGUGAGAAAGAGAUCUUCCCCCAGAAUUUGCAUUUGCAAUUUCAUGGUAGAGAGAUGCAUGCAUUACUCUUUGUAUAUGAAGAUGUGUUAGGUCAAAGAAAUUGCAAUGGGGGUUUAUUAGACAAGUCUAGUUGGAUUGCAACUGGAUGUGAAGAUGGAACCGUAAGGUUAACCAGGUUUAUCCCCGGAGUAGAGAAUUGGUCGACUUCUAAAUUGCUUGGGGAACAUGUUGGUGGAUCAGCUGUUAGAUCAAUGUGCUUUGUGUCCAAAGUGCAUAAAAUUUCUUCAGAUGGAAACAGCUUGCCUGGCUGGAGAAAAGAACAAAGCAUAGUUGUAAAUGAUCAUGAGAACCCAUCCUUGCUAAUUUCUGUUGGUGCAAAGCGUGUCCUAACCUCAUGGUUAUUAAGAAGUAGAUCAGAUGAGAAGGAAGAGAAAGAUUUUCAAGAAUGUGAGAAUGGUGGAAAAGACCAUAAGUCUUCAGUGGGAUUGAGCCCAUCAAUGUCUUUCCAGUGGUUAUCUUCUGACAUGCCAACCAAAAGUUCCAACACAAACAGAAGGGAUAAAAUAAAAGGCCUACCACAAAGUGAUGUUACUAGUUCCAACAAUGACAGAAAAAGCAAGUCAGCUUUUCCAGAAAAAGAGGAAGCAGAGUCAAAACAUUGCCUUGGAAAUAAACAUGAAGAUGAUUGGAGAUACCUAGCUGUCACUGCAUUUCUUGUUAAACAUGAAGGUUCCAGGUUAUAUGUCUGUUUUGUUGUUGUUGCUUGUUCUGAUGCCACGGUAGCGUUGCGGGCUCUGGUCUUACCCCAUAGAUUAUGGUUUGAUAUUGCUGUAUUGGUUCCUACAUCAUCACCAGUUCUAUCAUUGCAGCAUGUUGUCAUUCCUAUGCAUCUACCUUCUGAAGAUAAAACCAAGAUUGGCAGCAUGUAUAUUGUGAUCAGUGGAGCUACUGAUGGAAGCAUAGCCUUUUGGGAUAUAACCAAGAAUGUUGAAGCAUUUUUUCAGUGGGCUUCAAUUCUUCAUGCAGAAAAGUUCAUUGAUUAUCAGAAACGACCACGCACAGGGAGGGGAAGCCAAGGUGGACGGCAGUGGAAAUCUCUAAACAGAAUCGUAUCUGAAAAAGGGUUUGGUGGUAAUUCAGCAACUAAGAAAGCUGAUGAUGAAGAUGAUUCUAAAUUGCCGCAUGCUACAUGUGGCAUAUCAACAAAAUUGCUUGACCAGGAAAGCAGCACGAAAGAUUGUCCUCAAGCUGCAAAUGGUGCUUUGAUUGAUUCAGGAAUGGAAAAUAUCAAUUCCUCACCUGAGACAUCUGAAGUACGGCCUAUACAUGUUAUGAAAAAUGUCCAUCAGUCUGGUGUCAAUUGUCUCCAUGUUUCAGACAUGGACUGCCAAAGUUCUGGGUAUGAUUUCCUGUUCCAUGUUGUCAGUGGGGGUGAUGAUCAAGCACUACAUUGUUUAAGAUUCUGUCUGUCACUGCAUUCAAGAGACCUUGAUUCUCAUAUGUGGUACCCAGAAAGAACAAAAUCAACUAUUGAAACAGAAAGUACUGAGACAUUCACUCAUUAUAGUCAAAACCAGACCCAUAAUUAUCAGAUUGUCUUCUUUAAUCAUCAUAGAAUCACCUCAGCUCACAGUUCUGCAGUAAAAGGCAUUUGGACGGAUGGUACAUGGGUAUUUUCUACUGGCCUAGAUCAGCGGAUCAGAUGCUGGCGUUUUGAGGAGCAAGGUAAACUUACUGAGCAUGCUCAUCUGAUCAUUAGCGUGCCAGAGCCAGAAGCAUUGGAUGCAAGAGCUUGCAGUAGGAACCACUAUCAGAUUGCUGUGGCUGGAAGAGGAAUGCAAAUGGUUGAGUUCUCUACUACCUAGAGAUGAAAGCUUCCUUUCAAAGCAUACUUUAUCUAUAAUCACCAUCCUGUUCCAUUCUUCUUUUAACACUUUUACACACCAUUUUAAAACUGCUGAAGUAUUUUCACUCUCGAAGUCAGCAAAUUUUUGAAUUUUGGUUGACCUUGGGAUCGAAUUUUUGAGUUCUGGUUGACCUGAGGUCCUGAAAACUCUGCAGGCUUACUAAAACCUGUAUCCUUUUCCAUUUACAAGGGGACCAGAACCCGCUAAAGCAACAAGACUAGUUUUCCUUUGAUAGACAUGGUUGAUUAGAUUAAACGUGUUUUGGGAGUGCCGGGUAGAGCCAGUAUUGCAGUGACAAUUCCAUCUUCUUUUGUUCAAUGUAACAAUUUGUAUAAUUGAAUGGAAGCCUUUUAGCUUGACCAUUUCAAAAGACAGUUUAAAGAGUACAUAUACUGGCAUGAUUUCAAGUUUGAAGCUUUCAGUUCCCAGGUGCAAAGUUAGUGGCAAUGUACCCAGCAUCUCUGUUAACAGGGCCAGCAAGAUGAUCGGCAGGCGCCCUCUAUCUGUUCAAAGGCAUGACUCUGGUUUUUAAUGUGGAGGACAGAACCGCGGUUGCCAUGAGUGGGGCAGUGGUGCAGAUCCUGAUGGUGAAAGGGAUUCUCUUAGAUAAUAAGGUAUGUUGGAGAUC